AUGGACAAUAACUAUGGUCACACGGUAUAUCUGGACCGACUGCAAAACAACAAACACGAGACGGUGAAGGCUCUCGAGAAGCUUGGCAAACGAGCCGCCGCAGUCGUUCAUGAAGAGCAGCGGUGGCAUCACUGGGUGAGGGAAUGUCAGGAGAAGGAGGAGGAACAGGCGCAGAGCGAAGCAAAGAAGGUGAAGCUGGAGUUUCAGCUCUUUAAAAGAUACGAAAAGGAACUCGAUCGUCGUCAACGGGACAUGCGAUCUAGAGAGAUCAAGAGGCGCGAAGAACAGUACUUGAACCAAGUAUAUGCAGAGCGCGCCCAGACGAUGUCAAGGGAAGAGGAAGAGGAAUGGGAAGAGCAGUGGGACCCCAUUCAAGAUAUUUAUGGCUACGAAAGAGGUCGCUAUGUCGAGCUCAUCAAUAUGUUUCUGAUGAUCAGUGAGCAGGAACAUGAAGACUAUUGCGCAGGUGUGGAGGCAUCUCAGCUUGAUGGCCCUGCCGCACCGACAUCUUCGCACCAAGCCACCGGACAAGCCGCGACGGGCAAGAAGUCCAUCAUAAUGGAGACCAAGGAACAGAUGCGCAGGAGACUUCAGACGCCUGUCAACUUCGAGCGCGCGCCAGGCCAAUAUCUUCCUGAGUUUUUAAGCCCAAGGACGACGACUCCCGUAGUUCCUCACGACGAGAUCGAGACGCUCUUGGAUGAGAUUUGUGAGAUCAAGAACUUUCUCUUCUGUCGACUUCUUUUGGCAUCAAGUGCACUCCUGCCUAUCGCACUCCAGGCCGGCAGCAUAGAGGAACUCCUGCAAAGCGAAGGUGUGACAAGGGAACAUUUACGAGAUGUUUGCCUCAAGCUGGAGCGUCCCAGUCUUGAGAACAUGCGAGACGCGUGUGCGGACUUCAUGCGUGAAAGGGAUGGGGCUGAUGCACCAAAAGACAUUGCCAAAGACCUCGCCCUGAUGGACAUUAUCGACGCCCAACAGCGAAUCCAGAUCAGGGUCUGUGGCCGCCAUAUGUACUACUACCGUAACGAGCGCGCUCUCAACCGCAGCGGCUGGUUUCACUUCUCUAUCAUCGCGAAAGACUCCGAGCUCGCCGAUGCCGUUGCGCUUUGUCGAAACUGGGAAGAGUUCUUCGAGCUCACGAUACUGUCAAUGUAUCGGUUGUUCCCGGCUCCAAAGUGGACGAAGUUUGUGGGCGAUGUGAAUCGUCAAUGCCUCCUGCUUCUCGGUUUCAUACCUUAUUUCCAAGUCGACGGCGCCGAAGCUAAAACGACGCAACAUAGGAUUAGUGGUCGUGCUAGUUCGGGACGGUCGUACAAUUUUAAGGAAUCACGCAACAUCCUCUGCGGUAUCGUCAAGCGUGACGAUACCCUCAAUCGUCGAUUCCUUGAGUGCCUAGCAAUGGAGUCGGCCGACCUUCGUGUUUUGGUUCAUGAUCCGGUGACUGGCAAAUUCGUAAUCCAACCACCAAAGGAGGAGUUUUGGCUGAGCCGCGAGAAGGCCGGACGUGGCAGGUCUACAAAACAUGAAUACACCGUCACAGUUGAGGUCGAUAACGCCUUUUUCGAACAGGCCACCGCCUGCAGGGCUUGGUCGUUGAACUUCAACGAUUAUUAUAAUGUUUAUAUCUGGGAUGCACCGCCCGGUCGGAGUGCAGAUGAGCUACAGGGCAAAAUACAAGAGGUCCGUAAAGUCAUUCGGCCUGGAGAGAAUGUUCCUAGCAUGCUCGAUGACUUCGAGCUUGGCGCAGAAGCUUUUCCCAUCCCGAUUGAUGAGAUAUACAAGGAGCGAUUCUUCACAGAGAUCGACGAAAUAGAGGAUGCCCUUUUAUAUCCAAGGCGCGCACCUGGCGACAAGUCGCAGCCACCCUUCCCCCGAGAGAUUGUUGGGAAGAUACACCGGAGGACAAAGUGGAAGUGGUGGAAAAUUGCCAGCGAUGCCAGCACUGAUGAAGAGUCAUCUGCUUCUGAUGAAGAGUCAUUUGCUUCAGACGAUGCAUCCGAAGCUAAAUCCGACGAGGGAUCGCAGAAAAUGAACGAUCCAAGAGCAGUGUUAUUGCGGCGCAUGUUGGCGAACGACCCUCAUGUUAGUGUUCUGGCCGGAAAAGCGAUUGACAAGCUCCCUUCGAAGAGAGAACUCGACGCAUUCGGUAAUCAUGGAACGCUGAUCCCACAGUUUCAAUGGGCGGACAGGUCACUGGGUUACGAUCAUUUCUUACCUAUGUUUGACCGUAAACGUGCUUCUGUGAUACCAAGCGAACUCAGGGAUUCUCCUUCGAAGCUUAUGGACACGCUAAGAACGGCUCUACGCCGUCAGCGAGAAUACGAUAUCCAAGGGAAACAUCUCAUUCGAGAGCUGUGCGGGAGCCAUGGGCAACGGUCAAUACACAGGGUUGAGAAAGAGGCAUUGCACAUGGGCGACCUGGAGCCCGGUGGCCUCGGCCGGUAUAUGGAGCACAAGUCCAUGGUAACGGCCAUGGACAAGUUUGUCAUGAGCGACAUCAACACAGGCCCGUUCGAGCUCUGCAAGUUCAUGCACAUGGCACCUCUCAUCCAAAGUGAACGUCGAAUCGUUGACGAGGCUUUCCAGGCUUACGCCGCCAUCGCCUUAUUCUACCAGACGGAAGAGUUUCUUGCUUCCGAGCACGGCCUACCAUUCCGGUCUUCCCUGCUGUUUGACCAAGAAGAAAGAGCUAAGCGAACCCCUGAUCGAAGAAGCCAUGUCAGCAAUCCAUAUAUGCCAGCAGAGUUGUGGACAGAUCGAGAUGAGCUCCUGAGACGCAAUCAGCGAAGCAAGCUUGAUCCUGUCUACGAUAUUUACCCGAUAGAAUGGCGUAAAAGGAUACGUACCGUGGUUAUGACCUUGUACAAAGCCGGCAUCAUACAAAGUGCUUACACACCCCAAGUUAAAGGUGUUGCAACUGCCGCCGCCGAACCCAACCGCGCGCUAGAUUUCUACCUUGAUUUCCGAGCCCAAUCCAGACCUAAAUUCAAGGCUGUCUUGGCGGAUCCUACACCCUUGAAUCGCGACUACAUAGUCAAGGCGGCAAACAAGUUCGCGGCUCAGCAUGGCUCUGCCAGGUUUUCGGCGCUGCGACUGUGGUCUGCUCCGCACUUUUACCCAAUGCAAGCUAGUGGGAAUGAGACAUUCGCAGACGAUCGCGGCAGGUACUGGGCUUGGAGAUACAUGCCUAAGGACUCGCCACUCAGUGAGUGGAACACGCACAAGAUCGUGAGUGACAUGAUGGAGCAAUACAGACGGAUAUGGGGAAACCAGGUGAGAGUUGCCAGGGAUCUGAUCCUGGUCAUGGGCAAGGACGCAGACGAGUGUCGGAGGCUCAGUGAAGGGGUGACGUGGGCUACGCAGACGCGCAGGGUGUAUGAGAUGGACUUUUGGCGAAGCUUUGUAAACGUAGACGCCGGCUUCCUGGAAAGGUUGCAUCCUGUAUGGCUUUCGUAG